AUGACGGAGGUAACGAAGGAAGCGUUAAACGAAGCGAAAAAGAAGCGGAGAUGUGCAAAAUCGAGUGUUACCAGGGCAGGAAAUGGCUUGGAUUAUUUAUUGAAAAAUGAGAGACCUAUACCGGAAGUUGAGGAAUCACUCGCUAAUUUGGAAGAUUUAUACAAGAAAUUGGUUGAAAAACACGACGAAUAUUUCAGUUGGUGGAUGGCGAUGAAGAAUUUGCAACUGAGGAAGAAUGGAUUAAAAAUUGUCAACAGAGGUUUAUGCAGAUAA